AUGUUAUCACGAUCAAUAUCAUCAACCAUUUCCAGUAGGGCAAUGUUGUUGACAAGAAAUGCAUCUGUACUAGUAAACAACAAGUCAUAUUCAUCACAAUCAACAGUAGUAGCAGCAACCAAGUUAUUUGUAAAUGGUUAUAGAGCCAAUGGUCAUUUAAAGGCAAACAUUGAUCCAUUGGCAAGAAUGGAAAGAUUGACACCAAAAUCACUUUCUGCUUCUACCUAUGGUUUAGAGACUGCAGAUAAAUUGACUGUAAAAGGUGUAUUGAAUGCAUUAGACAACAAGGAUAUGACUGUCACUGAAAUUCAACAAUAUCUUGAACGUGUCUAUUGUGGUGAUAUGACUGUUCAAUUUGAGCACAUUGAAUCAGAAGAUGAAAAGUUGUGGCUCUACAAUCAAUUCGAACAACUUCAACAACAAGAUUUCACUACUCAAGAAAAGGUUAAUAUCUUGAAGCAAUUGGUAAAGUCUGAAGUAUUUGAUCAUUUUAUGCAAAAGAAAUUUACUACUACAAAAAGAUAUGGAUUAGAAGGUAAUGAAAGUAUGAUGGUAGCAUGUGAAAGUAUUUUUAGAGAAUCUAGUAAUUCUGGUAUCGAGAAUAUUGUCAUUGGAAUGCCACACAGAGGUAGACUUAAUCUUUUGGUAAAAACAUUAAACUAUCCAGCAGUUGAUCUCUUUUGGAAGGUAAAAGGUAAUUCUGAAUUGGCACCUGGUAUCGAAGGUAUUGGUGAUGUUAUCUCUCAUAUUGGUGUCUCUUCCACUCUUAGUUAUCCAAAGGGAUCUGUCAACGUUUCACUUAUCCACAAUCCAUCGCAUCUUGAAGCUGCCGAUCCAGUUGCCCUCGGAAAAACACGUGCCAAGCAAAUGUAUGACAAUGACAUUGAACAAAAGGAUAGAUCAAUGUGUCUUAUGAUGCAUGGUGAUGCUGCUGUCACUGGUCAAGGUGUUGUUACAGAGUCUCUACAACUCUCUCAAUUGCCAGGAUUCAAUGUUGGUGGAUGUGUUCACAUCAUUGUCAACAAUCAACUUGGUUUCACUACUAUUCCAAAGAAUGGUCGUUCCACUCGUUACUCUAGUGAUGUUGGAAAGUUUGUAGGUUGUCCAAUCAUCAUUGUCAACUCUCAAAAUCCAGAAAUGGUAGAGAGAGCUGCUAGGUUGGCCAUUCAAUACCGUCAACAAUUCAAAAAGGAUAUCAUCAUUGAUUUGAUUGGUUGGAGAAAGUAUGGUCACAAUGAAAUCGACGAGCCUUCAUUCACACAACCAACCAUGUACAACAACAUUCGUAAACGUACCUCUAUUCCACAAAUGUAUGCUCAACAACUCCAACAACAAGGUGUCUUUUCUGCCGAACAAUUAGAUUCAUUCACAAAGGCAGAGCAUUCUCUUCUUGAAAAGGACUUUGAACAACUUGCCAACUUUUCUCACAAACCAGCCGAUCAUCUCCAAGGUAAAUGGGAGGGUCUCAUUCAAUCAGUCAAGAUCCAAAAUCCAUCCACCAUCGAUACUGGGUACAACAAGUCCAAGUUGGUAGAUAUCCUCAAGCAAUCGGUACAGGUUCCAGAAGACUUUACCGUUCACAAUCGUCUUGUCAAAUCUUUCUCAAAUGUUCGUGUUGAACGUGCUCAAGAAAGUCAAGUCGAUUGGGCAUCUGCUGAAACUGCUGCAGUUGGCAGUCUUAUGCAACAAGGAUUCAAUGUCCGUAUCUCUGGUCAAGAUGUAGGAAGAGGAACCUUUUCACAACGUCAUUGGGAGUUGGUUGAACAAAAAUCAGACAAGGUCUACUCUCCACUCAACCACAUGAAUCUCGAGGGACAAUUAGACAUUGUCAAUAGCAAUCUCUCAGAGUUUGCUGUCAUGGGCUACGAAUAUGGUUAUUCUAUCGAAUCGCCAAAGACUCUUCCCAUUUGGGAGGCUCAAUUUGGUGACUUUGUAAAUGGUGCUCAAAUCAUUGUCGAUCAAUUCUUGUCAAACGGUGAAUCGAAAUGGUUGCGUCAAAGUGCACUCACCCUUCUUCUUCCACAUGGUUUCGAUGGUGCUGGUCCAGAACACUCUUCUUGCAAAAUGGAACGUUUCCUCCAACUAUGCGACACUGAAGCAGUCAAUGUCAAGGAUGAUAAGCUCAUCAGUCGUGAAACCAACAUACGUCAAAUGAUGCGUAACUACCGUAAGCCACUCGUUGUCGUUGGUCCAAAGGUCCUUCUUAGACAUCCACAAUGUGUAUCAAGCCUCGAUGAAAUGUCAGAAGGCACUCACUUCCAACCGGUACUCUCUGAUGCAGAGACUGUCGCACCAGAAAUUGCAAGCAAGGUCGAGAGAGUCAUCUUUUGUUCUGGCAAGAUCUAUUAUGAUUUGGUUGAAGAGAGAAAGAAACACUCACUCUCUACAGCCAUUGUUCGUCUAGAGGAACUCAAUCCAUUCCCAUACGGUGAAAUUGAACAACAACUCAAUCGUUAUGGUAACGCCACCAAAUUCUAUUGGGUACAAGAGGAACAACAAAAUGCAGGUGCCUGGAGCUUUGUUGAACCAAGAUUCAAACAACGUUGGUCAAGAACAUCGUCUAUUAAAUAUAUUGGAAGAGACCCAUUGUGUGCAAGUGCUAUCGGUAUCUCUACCAUUCACAAAAAGGAGGCUACUAAAUUAAUUAGUACAACAACAAUUAAAACUUUAUUAUUCAUGAUGGAACAAUAUUCACAUACAAAAUAUUCAAAUAUUAAAAAUGAACAACCUCUAGAAAAGAUAUACAUAAACUAUCCCUUUUCUACGAGUAUUCCUCACAAAUUGGUCGGAUUAAUAGAACAAGAACAAUAUCAACAACAAUUAGAUAAAUUAAUUAAAUGUCAUAAAAUGAUUAGGAAAUAUAUGACACUGUCGUUUAUCAUUGCCUUGUUACCAUUUAUAACAUCACUUUUAAUGGUUAUUAUUGGUGCUAAAACAUUUUCUUGGCGAAUGGCGGGUUACUCUAUUUUGGCUUUAACUUUAUUAGUAUUGGUAUCAUUUUGGUCUAUAUUCCUUAGAAUUGUAAAUAAUCACCUCUAUGAUAGUUUAAAUAAUAAUCAACAAUUUAAAUCUAGUGGUAUUAUUUUCGAUUAUCAAUUUAAUAGUAAUUUUUCUAGUCUUUGUUUAAUUGUUAUAUUACUAUCACAUCAUCAACCUUAA